CUUGAAAACACUCAAUUGCGCCAAUAAUAAUGAGGGUGCACAGAGCUGUCCGGGCUGCGGCUUCGGCGGAGGCAUCAAUUGGCGCUGUGAGGAGUUGCGCAUCCAGACCUCGGUUUCUCUGCCUCAAUGCAGCAAGUCGAGGAACGGGCGUUCGAGCAGCUGGAAGGGGGCAAGCCGCGCAGAGAUACUUCUCAGAGUCGAGAAGUAUUCGAGCUGGUGCUGCAGAGGCUGUAUUAAAACAAGCAGCCGCAGACCCAUCUGCUCUAUCUCAGGAGGCAAUUAUAAGCAAUUUGGAUGAAGUGGAGAGAGGAAGGUUGGCCCGGAUCAGAAAUAUUGGUAUUGCAGCACAUAUCGAUAGCGGAAAGACCACAGCCACAGAGAGAGUCCUUUUCUACACCGGCCGAAUCAAUGCAAUCCACGAAGUCAGAGGGAAGGAUGCUGUUGGUGCGAAGAUGGACUCUAUGGAAUUGGAAAGGGAAAAGGGAAUUACAAUCCAGUCAGCGGCGACCUUCUGUGACUGGAUCAAGGAAGAGAACGGCAAGGAGGAGAAAUACCACAUCAACUUGAUCGAUACACCUGGCCAUAUUGAUUUCACCAUUGAGGUGGAACGAGCUUUGAGAGUCUUGGAUGGAGCUGUUAUGAUACUCUGUGCGGUCAGUGGAGUUCAAAGUCAAACGAUCACGGUCGACAGACAAAUGCGAAGAUACAACGUUCCUCGAAUUAGUUUCAUCAACAAAAUGGAUCGAAUGGGAGCGAAUCCGUUCAAGGCUGUGGAUCAAAUCAACCAAAAACUCCGAAUCCCUGCUGCAGCUCUUCAAGUUCCUAUUGGGUCGGAGGAUAGCUUUCUGGGCGUGGUCGAUUUGAUCAGAAUGAAGGCUAUCUAUAAUGAUGGACCAAGGGGCGAGGUUAUCAGAGAAACCGACGAGAUUCCCGAAGGCGUCCAAAAGUUGGCCGAGGAGAGGAGGAAGAUGCUUAUUGAGACUUUGGCAGACGUGGAUGAUGAGAUCGCCGAGAUUUUCCUGGACGAAAGAACACCGAGCCCAGAGCAAAUGAAAGCCGCUAUUCGAAGAGCGACAAUCGCACUGAAGUUCACGCCAGUUUUAAUGGGAAGCGCCUUGGCCGAUAAGUCGGUCCAGCCCAUGUUGGAUGCGGUCUGUGAUUACUUACCAAAUCCAUCUGAAGUCGAGAAUUUAGCUCUAGACAAGAGGAGAAAUGAGGCCUCUGUCAAACUCGUAUCAUACAACUCGUUACCAUUUGUUGGCCUGGCUUUCAAGCUGGAAGAGAGCAACUAUGGACAAUUGACUUAUAUCCGAGUCUACCAAGGAUCGAUGAAGAAAGGAAUGAAUGUCUUCAACGCCAGAACAGACAAGAGGGUAAAGGUUCCUCGAAUUGUGCGAAUGCACUCCAACGAGAUGGAGGAAGUUCCCGAAAUUGGUGCUGGAGAAAUCUGCGCUGUGUUUGGAGUUGACUGCGCAUCUGGAGAUACUUUCACUGACGGUGGACUGCCGUACUCGAUGUCUUCCAUGUUUGUCCCCGAUCCCGUCAUAUCGUUAUCCAUCAAGCCCAAAACGACAAAGGAUACCGGCAACUUCAGCAAAGCUAUGAAUCGAUUCCAGCGUGAGGAUCCUACAUUCCGAGUCCAUGUCGAUGCGGAAAGUCAAGAGACAAUCAUCUCAGGAAUGGGAGAGCUGCAUCUUGACAUUUACGUUGAGCGUAUGCGUCGUGAAUACAAAGUUGAAGUUGAGACUGGUCAACCACAAGUCGCUUACCGGGAGACCAUAACUCAGCACACCACCUUUGACCACACUCUCAAAAAGCAGACCGGAGGUGCUGGUGAUUACGCUCGAGUUGUAGGGUUCAUGGAACCCAUCGAACCAGGCCCGACCGGCUACGGCCCAUCCAAGUUCAGACAGGAAGUCACAGGAGGUUCGAUCUCCGAGAAGUACUUGUUUGCAUGCGAAAAGGGAUUCCUGGCGUCCUGUGAGAAGGGUCCUCUGAUCGGUCAUCCAGUCUUGGGAACUUCUAUGAUUGUCAAUGACGGUGCUACUCACAUGACUGAUUCGUCCGAAAUGGCAUUCAAGAACGCUACCCAGCAGGCGUUCCGCAAAGCUUUCAAGGAAGCAAAACCUCAAGUUUUGGAGCCGCUGAUGAAGACGACCAUCACGGCACCAAAUGAGUUCCAGGGUAACAUUGUGGGAUUGUUAAACAAGAGAAAUGCCAUCAUCAAUGAAACGGAAAUUGGACCUGAGGAUUUCACGUUAAUGGCGGACUGUAGUUUGAAUGCAAUGUUUGGAUUUAGUUCUCAAUUGAGAGCUGCGACGCAAGGCAAGGGCGAGUUUGGCAUGGAGUUCAGCCAUUACGCUCCCGCGCCUGGGCAGUUACAAAAAGAACUUAUUGCGAAAUACGAGAAGAUGCAAGCUGAUAGGCAUAAGAAAUAAAGUCAGAUCGAUACUUCCUGUCUAGUGUGUUAAUAGACUUCCUUCUUGGUAAAACUUUUGAGGGAGGGAACCGAGAUCUGAAUAGAUUGUAUAUGUCAACAUUGCAUGGGCACGGUUGGGAUAGAAAACGAAUGGAGUCUAUGGCAUAUGAGUUGUAAUAUAUCAAUGAGAAGGAUCUCAACUCGUGUGCUCGUCCCCUUGACUACAAGAACUACCCAGCCCCCCCAUAUGUGUUGAUUUGUAUACUCAAGCGAGGGCCCAGAAAUUGUCAUUUCCGCAGCUGGUUUUCUGAACUUGUUUAGCGAAUAAAUUGAGCUGGCUUGAUAAUCUCCAUAUCAAUCGACAUCGCUGUUUCCUUGAAGCAGAUGACCGUCCACCUGCAAAGUUGC